UUUACAUAUUGUAAAUAUUUGAAUUCCAUCUUUCUCCAUGGUGUAAAGCUUUGAAGGGUCUACCGAAGAAGAAGAAAAAAAAAAGAGAUGAGAACACUUCAUCAAUGGCUGAAACUUGCCACCACCUGCUGCAUAAACUGCUUCAUUUUCAUUGCCUUUGCUUCUCCUUCACUUGCAGACUGUACCUUGAAUUUCACUUCAUACCCUUACUUACCAAGUGGUGACUGCAGUGGUGACAAUAGGAAAGUUAUCUUGUGGGGCAUGAUAUCUUCACACCUUUGCUGUCGAAACGCCCUAAAUACCUUCGCUCAAGCUCUUGCAGUUCAAGCUAAUAAAACUCCAUACGGUACCAUCUUCAUUGGACAAGAUUCAUGGAAACAAUGCAGUUCUCCGUUUCCAACACAACAAUUGGUUUCCAUAGAAUCUUGUGGAUUCGGCAAUUUUUAUUCGGGCAGUUCCAAGUGUACAAAUUUAUCUCUGUCACAAUUUCAAGGGAGUCCACUUUACUUGGAAGCAGUAAAGUUAUGUUCUAACUUGAGUUCUUCAUUUCAAAGCUCCUGCAGAAACUGCACUGAUGCCAUAGCAAGGGUGGCUGAGUUUCAAUUGCAACUACUACAAAAGAAGACUCAUAGUAAUGAAAGAACGUUGUGUAAUCUAGCCGCUGUUCUUUCGGUUUCUGCUGCAAAUAACACUGAUAGCUCUUUUGGUGCAAACUUGUUUAGCUGUAUGUCUUCUUUAGAUGUUUUUGAUCCAGGCUACAUCAAAGUCAAAAGUAAGUUGAAUUGCUUAUCACCAUCUCUUGCUGCUGUUUGAGUCAAGGAUUUAAAUUGUG